AUGGCUGAGGUUGUGCUCUACAAGGAGCUCUAUAGCUGGCAGAAUGAUCAUGACCAGGCGGUUUUUGUGGAUGGAGCCAACGGAUUGGUGAUAUACCAGAAUGUCUAUGACAAGAGCCUGCGUGUGAUCGACUCCUGCAAAAACAACGGGGUAUUCAACAGUACGAGAUUCCCCAAGCCACUAUGUGAGUCGAUAUCAUUUUCCUCCGAUGGACAAUACAUCCUCUAUUGGCAUAACAAUCCGUUGGCGAUCGGAGUUGUGGAUCUAUCAAAUCCAGCAUCAUCUGAUGCGCUUGUUGAUUGUAUGCCAUAUGAAGAAACGAUCGUGCUGAGCGUGUUCUGGUCGCAGUGCAACAAGUCUAACGUCGAUUUCGUUGUCGUGUGUACAAGCUGCAUCGACAUCUACAAUUUGAGCCCCAGUAAUAGCACUUUGAGGCGCCUAUGCAGUAAGCGGAUCAGUUGCACCGAUGUCUGGAGCGACAUCACCGGGACGAAUAUCAUCGUACUAAAGAACAACCAGGUGCUCCAGCCAUAUCGCAUAGUAACUAAGGAGGUACGCCUUGUGACCGACAUUGAGUUGAGCGUGCGCAAUGGCCACAAGCUCCAGAAAUCGGCAAUAACCGUAGCUACCAUAUACAAUGAUACUUACUGCAUUCACAAGGAUGCCUCAAACGGCACGUUGUCACUGCGCUCUAUGACUAACAACAAGGCGAUUGAUAUCGUCCUUGAACUGCGUUGCCAAGGGUGGUUGGAUAUUGCAGUAACGGAUAACCUCUUAUUGGCGCUCACUGGUGGUAGUGAGACUUAUAUAUUCGACAUUGCCAUGAAAGACAAACCGCUGGUGGCGAAGGUCCCCCAGAGGAAGCCCUCUAUGGCAUCGUUAUCCAGCGACGUACAAGUAUUCAUUCCUAACGUAGUUGUAGACUACUACGGAGGAUUCGCUUACAAUCUUACGAUAGACCACAACAUGCUCAUGCUUCUUUUGUCGCAGUCCUAUGCAGAACCUCUGGUGGCGGACUUCUAUCAGCGUCGUCACGGCUCCGUUCAACGCGUGAUGGAAAUAAUAAACUCGUCAAUUUCGAACAGUAUGAACAAGUUGGGAACGAAGACUGCAAACAAUGUUGCGAUACCGUUUAACCUUGUUGAGGAAUAUAUUGGUGAUCGGUCGGUGAUCACUGAAUAUCGUUUCGGAAAGGCUAUUCUGUACCCAUCUGUAGUGAAGGAGUGGAACCUCAAGCCUGGUGAGAAUAUCUUUGACGCUGCCGUUACGCUUUUAUGCCAUCACCGCAACUUUAAGUUUGAGACUCUGCUGAAGAUUCGCGAUGAUUUGGAGAUCCAGACCGGUUUCAUAGACAACUUUAUUCUCAGGAGCCGUCUCACAUCUGCUUCCAAGGAUGAUGUAUCUUGUGACUUCCGAGAUUACCUCGCAUCUCCCGAGAGUGAUAUUCCUGAGCUCUACGACCCAUCGACCCACCAGUCACCAUAUGUUAUAUCGGUGAUUUUGUGUUACUUCAAAGCACUGAUCUGCCACAAUCUGCAACCUACGCAUCUGUUACAGGUCUUGCUUUUUGACAUUUGUGUCAUGCACAAUGAAAUCGCCAUGGUUUUACAGCUGAUAAGGUCCAACAUCAUCAGGGACUCAACGUAUAUCUGUUAUCGACUAUUUUUCCUUUACGUGAUUCUACGUGACCCUGUAAUGCGUCAGCAGUGUCUGGAUAUGGCUUUUCGUUUAAAGCUGUAUGGCAUGUGCGUCACGAUUGCUAUGUUGGAUGAAGAUUACUACAAUGCUUUGGUUGAGGUCAAGUUGCACUCCGUCAGAUCUUUCCCGCUAUAUCGCAUUUUGUACCAAGCAGCUACAGACAUAGAAGCUCAGAAACGCAAACCUCAUCUAUGGCCGGCAAUGCUUGCUUUCAUCCGGUGCUGGGCAGAGGAGAGCGCAGAUAACCCUAAGGCCUGUGCUCCUCCUGACCUGCGAAACUGUGAAAUGUGGCUCCCAAACCUUUAA